UGUGUGCUGACAUUUUGGACCGCAUCACCUCUGCAGUAUUGUUGCAGGAUGUCUUGAGGUGCUGGCACUGCGGACGGCGGUUGCUAAUGUUGCUGACGGCGGGGAGUCAACGAUCUGCGUCGGCGUGCUCGAGCCUGCAAUAGGCACCUGCCGGCCAUUCUCAUGGCAUCUUGCCCGAAGUCCCUCUCCUGUGUGGCUGUCACGCUCUUUUCUGGCUCUUCCACUACAUACCAUCCAAUAUAACCGCGGUUCGGAGAGGCAGAGAAAACAGCGACGGAAAAAAAGGGCAAGAUACACACGUGAUACCCGGGAAGCGUUUGUUGAGUCGCCUCUGACCGAAUACACUGCUACCAUGGCGACUACAGCGUCCACUUCUCGGAACGGAGACGAGUUGCACGGCGGCGAGGCUUCUCGCCGGCUCUUGGCCGAGGGUGCCCCCUCGAGUGACCUCGAGGCCCCCUCGCGAAGAAUGCAGGCGACAUCGAUCAAGACAACGGCUGCCGCGACAACGAAGCAACGAACCAGCCGGUGCUCCAGCACGACCACGUGGCUUUCCGCCCUUGGGGUUCUCGCGCUGGGGUUUAUCGGGUACACAUUUUUUGGGAGGUGUGGCGCGGGGUACGUGAACUGCGACUACGAACUCGACUUGCCGGAAGGGGUGAACCGAGCUGCGGUACCCGUGGGUCGUGAAAUGCGGCCGGGUUGGAUGAAGCAUCAUGCCGCGCUUGUGGCGGAAGCCGAGAGGGAAGGGGCGACGACCCGUGUGCUGGUGCUGGGGGAUUCCAUCACCGAGGAGCUUCUCGGCAGAGUGGGCGGCAAGACCAAAUCCGGCUGGGGUUCGCUCGCCGUGUGGUUGCACUACUACGCGUAUCUGGGAGCGAUCAACCUCGGCGUGGCUGGAGAUGAGACGCAACACCUUCUCUGGCGGUUGCAGAACGGCGAGCUGCCCGACGUGCUGCAACCCGAGUCGAUCCUUGUGGCCAUCGGGACGAACAAUCUCGGGGCCGGCAUGGAUGCGCAAGACACCGUCGGAGGAGUCAAGGCCGUCGUCCAGUACGUGCGAGAGCAGAGACCCGAAGCGAUGGUGUCCGUGAUGGCUCUGUUCCCGAGAGCUGACCCGAAGCACAAGAAGAGCACAACCCCGUGGCCGGUGAUCGAUGAGGUUAACGGGAUGCUGGAGCGCAUGCUGAGGCUCAAGUUCGGCACGAAGAAGGUUCUCUUCGUGAGCUGCAGUGACAGGUUUGUGGUGGAAGACGACUCCGGUCGCGAGGUGCUCAACAAGGAGUUCAUCAUGCCGGACAAUCUCCACCUCACCAGCGACGGCCUGAAGGCUUGGGCCGAGUGCGCGGAAGCCGCGGUUCACUCUGGGCUACGGGACAACUAUUAGUAGCACGAAGCCAGUAGGUCGACCGUUUCUAUGGUGUGUUGUAUACGUGUGUACAAGUUGUGUGGUUGCAUGCUCGCGUGUGAAUAGUCGACACGCCGUUGUUUUUUUGACAAGUAUGAGUUUACACUGAGCGGGGUAGUUGACUGACUGGCGCAUUUUUACGGUCGUAUUUUUCUGGUAUUUUUAGAUAUUUCUAUAGGCGAUGCCGACAGCGACUAGCUGUCCAACCCCAAGGAGCUACUCCUGCCGGAAGGAGGUAGCUUUUGUCUCUUUCCUGUUUCAAGAUGGGGGUCAACAGGUGUGCUAGUGACGGCAGGCCGAUUUCUCCGUAGUGUCACGCUCUGGUCUCAUUUCACUGUGAAUUUGUGACUGCCGGUUGAGCGUCUGAUGCUUUCACGGAAUGUGUUGGUGCUAUCUACGAGCCCGAUUGAGCUGCUGUAAAUAGCCUUCAAUGCCGAUCAAGGGUUCCCUGUGUAUAUCUGUGUUGUAAUUUUUUCUUGCGAGAGACUUGUCGUAUCCGUGUAUGGUAUGUUGAACACCGGAUAUUGUUGGGUCAUUCGCACGAAACACCACGUGUUCAGAAGAACACGCUUGGGUUCGGGGGGCGGGGUGUCUGAGAUAGUGCUGUUUUUCUCCAUCGGCUUUCUGGACUUGUUGUUGUUGUU